GUCGGAAACCUGACGCUAAGUCUACGUAAAAAGACGUAAGGAAGGAGCAGAGGAAGACGGCGGCUCUCGGGUCACGUGAUGCGGCGGGAGGGUCGUUGGCUCCUCCCUCUCCAAGAUGGCGUCCUUGCUGCAGUCGGAGAGGGUUCUCUAUCUAGUCCAGGGAGAAAAGAAGGUUCGGGCUCCGCUCUCGCAGCUCUACUUCUGCCGCUAUUGUAGCGAGUUGCGGUCUCUGGAAUGUGUGUCUCACGAGGUGGACUCUCAUUAUUGUCCCAGUUGCUUAGAAAAUAUGCCAUCGGCUGAAGCCAAACUAAAAAAGAAUAGAUGUGCCAACUGCUUUGACUGUCCCGGCUGCAUGCACACCCUCUCCACCCGGGCAACAAGUAUCUCCACACAGCUUCCAGAUGACCCAGCCAAGACCACCAUGAAGAAAGCCUAUUACUUGGCCUGUGGAUUUUGUCGCUGGACAUCUAGAGAUGUGGGCAUGGCAGACAAAUCUGUCGCUAGUGGUGGUUGGCAGGAACCUGAAAAUUCUCACACGCCACGGAUGAACAAAUUGAUUGAAUAUUACCAGCAGCUUGCUCAGAAAGAGAAAGUUGAACGAGAUCGCAAGAAACUGGCACGGCGUAGAAACUAUAUGCCUCUGGCUUUUUCGGACAAGUAUGGUCUUGGAACCAGGCUUCAGCGACCACGAGCUGGUACAUCCAUCAGUACCCUCGCGGGACUUUCCCUUAAAGAAGGAGAGGACCAGAAAGAGAUAAAGAUUGAGCCAGCUCAGGCUGUAGAUGAAGUGGAACCUCUACCCGAAGACUAUUAUACAAGACCAGUAAAUUUAACAGAAGUGACCACCCUUCAGCAGCGUCUCUUACAGCCUGACUUCCAACCAGUCUGUGCUUCACAGCUCUACCCUCGCCACAAACAUCUUCUGAUCAAACGGUCCCUGCGUUGCCGGAAAUGUGAACAUAAUUUGAGCAAGCCAGAAUUUAAUCCAACAUCUAUCAAAUUCAAAAUCCAGCUGGUUGCUGUCAAUUAUAUUCCAGAAGUGAGAAUCAUGUCAAUUCCCAACCUUCGCUACAUGAAGGAGAGCCAGGUCCUCCUGACUCUUACAAAUCCAGUGGAGAACCUCACCCAUGUGACUCUGCUGGAGUGUGAGGAGGGAGACCCUGAUAAUAUCAACAGCACUGCUAAGGUGGUGGUGCCUCCCAAGGAGCUCGUUUUAGCUGGCAAGGACGCAGCUGCAGAGUACGAUGAGUUGGCAGAACCCCAAGACUUUCAGGACGAUCCUGACAUUAUAGCCUUCAGAAAGGCCAACAAAGUGGGUAUUUUCAUCAAAGUUACUCCACAACAUGAAGAGGGUGAAGUGACCGUGUGCUUCAAGAUGAAGCAUGAUUUUAAAAACCUGGCAGCCCCCAUCCGCCCCAUUGAAGAAACUGACCAGGGCACAGAAGUCAUCUGGCUCACCCAGCAUGUGGAACUCAGCCUGGGCCCACUUCUACCUUAAAAGGUUCCACUGGCAGGCAGAUCCCAAAGGACAGUGUUACCAUAAACUUGUGUUAAAAUGUGGAAGCCACUGCUUCAUUACGCCUUGUUGAUAACAAUGUACCCACGCACUACUGAAUCCUAUUCCUAGGAAAAUGGGAGGAUAGACCAGGCAUUAGGAACACAGGGUAACUGCUGUUCCUCUUGCUCUCACCUCUGUUGACACCAGUAAGUCUGUGUCUUCCUACUGCACGUUGAAUAACAACAGUAUAGUUCCAUCCCAGUAAAGGGGAUGACCGUUCCUUGGAAUGGCAUUAGGUUUACCACCUGAGAAACUCUGACUGUACUAUCUUUUAAUCUGAUCUCACAAAGGAUCACAGUCUCACAGAUGAAACUUAAAAAAUGAAAACCCAAAGGUGGAUCUGCUACUAAUGAUCCAGCGUUGGUCUCAGUGUACCGACUGCUCUCUGCAUUCUAUUAAGUAUGAUCUUGCAACUUAAAACAUACCCUUCACUUGCCUUCAUGGCUCCCAUUUUGCCAUAGAUUGCCAUUUGUCAGAAAAGUAGUUGUCACAUUGUCUUUAGUUUUGUGAUUGGAAAAACCUAUGAAAUUCUUAAGGUACUCUCAUUUGCCCUCUUCUAAGUGAAUACAGGACGUUUAUUAGUUGCUCUUAAAUUCUUUCCCAGUAGAAUAUGGAACUUUUUCUUUUAAGAAGGAUUUGAGAAGCAAGCAAUUACAUGUCAUGUCAAGGAGAUAGCAAAUUCCGUUCAUUUAAAUAUUGCCACAAUGUGCAGAGAUUAUGCUGCCAUGGAGGCAAUCUUUGUAUGUCUAACUAACUUUCUACCCCUUCUUGUCUCCUCUGCCUUUUUAACUCAGUAAGUUGUUCUGAGUAUUUGGGACCUGGAAAGAGCCAGAGAAAACCUGAGUGGAUGCAUUCACUUCUGGAAUGCAGAAAACAUUUUAAAAUGCUGGAUUCUUAGCAUGAUCUGAACUAACAUUCUUUCCAUGGAUUUGAAGGGGAAAUUAACUGUUACAAUCUCCUGAAUCCGAAACUGGAUAUUAAGAGAACUUUCCCCUUUACUGAGUUUAAGACUUUUGUCAUAUGCUGAGUCAAAUAAGACCAUUUUGAUUGUAAACCACAAAAUAGCUCAGCAAAGUAGCCUCGAAUGCUGGCCUAACAGCAGACAUGCUGUUUUCACGUGAUAUCCAGGAGUUGAGUUGCUAACCAUAAUUUCUGUGAUGUUUUCUAAAAUGAGACUUGACAAAGUAGACCGCCAGCUGCACCAUGUUUUCGUAAAAGUAUUGUUAGUGGCCAAAAGACUUUUGAGGAAAAGAGAAAUUCCUGUUUACCCUGGUUUUGUUUUACAAAGUCUUUACUUAAAAAAAAAAAAAAAAGUAAAAUAUACUGUAAUCUAGAAUACAGACAGGCUAUAGUCCUUGUCAGCUCCCUUGAAAGAUGAAAAUAUUUAGGAAGCUUUUGAAAGACACUAAAUUGGAUUGUAAAGGUCAAGCCAAUUUUAUGAAACAAUAUGCCCACAGAGUAAUAUAUAUGCAGUAGUGAAAGAAAAAAACACUCAUCUCUAACAAUAUGGUAAUUAAUAAGGUUUAGUCUCUUAGUAAUUGGGGCAGGGGCUAAUUAUAAAUUUGCACACAAUAGAAAGAGUUUAAGUUUUUGUGACCUCCCCCACCCCAGGGUGUCUAAUUUGUAUUACACUACCUACUAGAGCCUACUGUGAAAUCACUGCUCUAUAUUUGCCAGUGGAGAAAAUGGGCAUCAAAAUAGAGAAUAGCUUCAUAUGUUUAUACAUGUGUAGCACAUAGACUACACACAGUUGUAUGUCAUGCAUUUAGGGCAUGACUACUAUUUGUUCCCAAAAGUAAUAAUGUUGAAGUAAUGGGUCUCAUUACUCCCAUGUGACACAGAAACACAAAAACACUUUUGAUCACAGAAAUUUUUUUUUUCUUCAGAAGCCAAAUUAACUUGCAAAGUAACAGAGCCAUCGGUUUAAUGUUUCCUCAUGAUAGAUUUUAGUGCAAGCUGGUAUUCUAUGUGUUCGUAGAAAUGGUUCAACACCUGCAGCUGGUGAAUUAGGUACUGUAUUUGUUGCCUUUUUUAUGCUAGUCAGUGUGCGCCACCACAGACAGUUAGAUGCUGUUAGCACUUGAAACUACAAUUUUGGAAACUUAAGACUACGUUAAUUUGGAUUUGUGAUUUGAUUCACGCACUAAAGUUUUCUUUUUGUUUAAAGUGCUUACAGGCAUAAUGAGCUAAAUGUCAUGCAUAUUUGUGAAGAAAUACUCUUUCCGGUCCAUUUUGGGAAUGAGAGGCACUCCUUGAUCUUUAUGAAUGACAGGUUACUGUUUUUGCCUUAUUGCUUAACUUAAUGUAGUGAAAUAAAGCAGACAAAGCU